GGGAUCAAUAAAGGCCACUUUAUAUUCAUGUGUGUGUAUGUGUGCGUCCGGCUCUGUGUAAUUGCACACUCGUGAAGCCCACUACACGUAGGGCGAUUCUUUCAUGCAUGUCGUUUCAAGUCAGUGUCUGAAGACGCUGCUCUGCUCACCAUGUAGGCUAUUAGGAGCCUCACAGAGUCUGUGCACUAAACGCUGGGACGCACUUGACUCUGCAGAUCUGCAGUCGAGAUGUUUCACGUGGCGAGCCCCAAAAAAGGAAAUAAACAUGUAAAUUAGAAGAUUCAAAGGGAGGUCAUUAUUGAUGCAUAUGUCCCAGAAGACGUCUAAUUAUUAUAUCUUGCUAAUAAGAUUAUCUUUUUUUAAGCCUUCACCCUCCUCCUCGCCCUCGCGUCUUCUCUCACUCUCUCUCUCUUUUUUACCCUCCCUUUGCAGAUGUUGCCUCUCUGAGCACCGGAUCAGGAGCAUUUACCUUUGCGGCUGUCUGCAGCCACACAGCUCGUCACACAGUCACGCUGGCGUGGAGGGGGAACAGAGGAGGCAGAUCAUUCUGCUGAUCCCAGCACCUUUGCUUAUUAAGGGAAGCACCGGCACCUCCUUGAUCGGUUCCCUCCUCCCUUCUUCUUCUUCUCUUUUUUUUUUUUUUGUGUUGCGCUGCUAAUCGCCAUCCCACGACAGCCUACCCGGAGGAAAGAAGGAGUCAGGGAGGGGAAAGCGAGGACACACCCGCACAUACUGUACCCGGUGUACACGGCGAGGAGGAUGCUGCUGCAGACAACAUGAGGUGAAUAUCAUCGACUGCCCCAAAUUGGAGGUGUUUUUUUUUUUAACCCGCUCUGAAGAUAGAAGAGCUGAUUGUCGCAGCUGGUUAUUCACCUUCCUGGUACCAGUGUCCAGCAGGAGCAUCAACUCACAUCAGAUAUGAAGAAGAUGUCUGCAGUCAGAUCCUAGGUGACAUCCUGUGGCCGUCAGGUCUUUACGGUGUUGAGCCCCCUCCCUCUCCUGGCCCCUGCCUGCAGUUCUCCAGGCUGCAGGACCCAGACUCACUGAAAAGUGCAGGCCUCCUCCUCACCCUGCAGAAUGACUGUUGCCACAGGCGACCCCUCUGACGAGGCGGCCGCGCACCCGGGGCACCCGCAGGACUACGACCCGGAGGCCGACCAUGAGUGUUGCGAGCGGGUGGUCAUCAACAUCUCAGGGCUGCGCUUUGAGACUCAACUCAAAACCCUCUCCCAGUUCCCGGAGACCCUGCUGGGGGACCCCAAAAAGAGGAUGCGCUACUUUGACCCGCUGAGGAAUGAGUACUUUUUCGACAGGAACAGACCCAGCUUUGACGCCAUAUUAUAUUAUUACCAAUCAGGGGGCCGGCUAAGACGGCCGGUCAAUGUCACCCUUGAUAUUUUCUCAGAGGAGAUUCGCUUCUAUGAGCUGGGCGACGAGGCCAUCGAGAUAUUCAGAGAAGACGAGGGUUUCAUCAAGGAGGAGGAGCGAGCUCUUCCUGAUAACGAGUUUCAGAGACAGGUGUGGCUGCUGUUCGAGUACCCAGAGAGCUCAGGUCCUGCUAGGAUUAUUGCCAUAAUCUCUGUCAUGGUCAUCCUGAUAUCUAUUGUCAGUUUCUGCUUGGAGACCCUCCCCAUUUUCCGUAACGAUGACGAUGAUAUGCACAAGGCUCACUCAAAAGUCUAUUCACCCGAGACCAACACCACAAUCAUCAGCUACACAAACACCUACUUCACCGACCCCUUCUUCAUUCUGGAGACUCUCUGCAUUAUAUGGUUCUCCUUUGAGUUUCUAGUGCGCUUCUUCGCCUGCCCCAGCAAGGCGGGCUUUUUUGGUAAUAUAAUGAACAUUAUUGAUAUUGUUGCUAUCAUCCCGUACUUCAUCACUCUCGGCACGGAGCUGGCAGACAGGCCAGAGGAUGGUCAAGCGGGUCAGCAAGCCAUGUCCUUAGCCAUUCUCAGGGUCAUCCGCUUAGUGCGAGUGUUCAGAAUUUUCAAACUCUCUCGUCACUCCAAGGGGCUUCAGAUUUUGGGUCAGACCCUGAAAGCCAGCAUGAGAGAGCUCGGCCUGCUCAUUUUCUUCCUCUUCAUAGGUGUCAUCCUCUUCUCCAGCGCCGUCUACUUCGCCGAGGCGGACGAACCCGAGUCGCAGUUCGACAGCAUCCCGGACGCGUUCUGGUGGGCGGUGGUAUCAAUGACCACAGUCGGCUACGGUGAUAUGGUCCCGACUACGAUUGGCGGCAAGAUCGUGGGCUCCCUCUGUGCCAUUGCAGGUGUGCUGACCAUCGCCCUGCCCGUGCCUGUCAUCGUGUCCAACUUCAACUACUUCUACCACCGCGAGACGGAAGGUGAGGAGCAGGCUCAGUACCUGCAGGUCAACGUGCCCAAAGCCGACUCGAACGAGGAGCUAAAGAAGAGCCGAAGCGGCUCCACCAUCAGUAAAUCGGACUAUAUGGAGAUCCAGGAGGCUGUGAACAACAGUCACGAGGACUUCCAGGAGGAGAACCUUAAGACGGCCAACUGCACGCUGGCAAACACAAACUAUGUAAACAUCACCAAAAUGCUCACAGACGUGUAGUCGUCUGCUGUUUUCCUCCUCGACACAGCAGGAAAUGUGGAGCUGAGCAGCCGGAUGGGACAGGUGUGCAGCCUCCCACCUCACGUGUGCUGGAAAAAUCAAAGGCAAUAGAAUUCAGGAUGUUGAUGAUGAUGAUAGACAGUGAAAAAACAAAAAUACUACAAAGACCAUCCGCUCACUCCUCCUCGCUCAUCCUGUCUUCAUCCCUCACAGCUUGCCCUUAAAACUCCUGAUAACUGUCAAACAGAGUGAAAUUUAAAAAUUUUGCAUUUCUGCAUGGAGUUGGCUUUUUGUGUGUGUGUGGCUGUUUAAAAAAAACAAAAAAAAUUACAACAAUGCCUAAAAAUCCUGCUCACAACAGUAGCCAACAGUAGUGCACAAAAAGAAAAAAGGGAGAAGCACACGGCAAGAAAAAAAAGUAUUGCUUUCAAAAAGGAAAAAAAAAAAGGCAACACAGCACUGCUUUCUUCCCCCGUCCCUCCGUCCCCUCAUUUCCCAAGGCACACUGCUCUGCCAUGCGCUUUCUGAAGAGCCCUACUUGCGCGCUACAUAUGCUGCUUCCUGGAGCCAAUGAAACUGUCUUACGCUUAGAAAUAAGAGGACGUGUGAGCAUAAAGCGAGCUCACUCGGGCGCUGAAGCGGCCUGUGGGUGACUUGUGACGAGGUUGGUGGUUUAAGUACACCACGUUUAUUUCAAGGAUGAAUGACAGCCAUCAGCGCUUAGCUUAUGGUUCGACACCUUUAUUUCCCAGCAGACAUCAGUAUCUGAUGAAUGACUGAGAAUGGCCUUGACUUUUCACUGCUUUGGUCUUACAUGUACUGUAUGUAUUGCAAUGCAAGCUUUCCCCCUUCCAUUCACCCAAAACUGGUCUUACUGCAGAGCUUUGAGGACAACUUGAAUGUUUCUUCUUGUUUGUUUUUUCACACACAAACACACACAUACACACACACACACACACACACACACACACACACACACACACACACACACAUACACACACACACUACUUAUUCAGAUAGAUAGGUUAACUGUGACUUAACUGAUAGCCGAUAGGUAGGUAGGUGCUGUUAGUAGUAAACAUAGUUAGUAGAUAAUUGCAUGACAUUUUUAUAUGAAUGAGAAUUUCCACUUGUUUCUCGACUGCCACUUGCUUCAUCACACCACUGUAUAUUUGUCUGUACACUGCCUUCUAUACAAAUCCACACUUUUAAAAAGGAUGCCUGCAGGUAGCUGAACCUAAAGCUGUAUGCUAGAGGAUCUCUUAAGGAAUAAUCAUAAGGCCGAACCUCUACAGGAAGCGGCGUCCUCGUCAAUAUUAACAUUCCAUGUAGUAAGUCAUUACGUCAAACUUUCUGCCGGUUCGCUGUAAAACAGCUGAGCUGUGAUUUCAGGCGUAAAAAGUCACGCUCUAGUUUUUGGACAUUAAUCCCAGUUGCAGAUGUGAUAGAGUUGCAGUGCUGUCUUUUUCACAGGUUCACACACGAUCACGUCCUCAUGAUCAAAAUAGCAACUUUUAAGGAUUCAUGUAUAGAAUAAUGCUUCCCUUCUCAAACUGCCUUUUUAUCUGGUUUACGCUAAUCUCCGUGUUGCAUGACCUCAAAAACAUUCCUAGAAGCAUGCAUUUAAGAUCAAAGAACAAGCCAGACAAAAAAAAAGGAUAAUUAUGAAAAUAGAUAUAUUUAUUUCUUAUAUAUAUAUAAAAUAUAUAUGUAUACAGACAAGACACAUAUACAGUAUACUUUUAUCGGAGAAUUAAAAAAAAAUUAAAUAGCAAUGUUUAAGAGAAAGCAAGAGCCUUUCCACAAUGUGCAAAUCAUUGCCAUGUUCUUAUUUUUAACGACAAUAAUAAUUAUUUUGAGCACAGUUUCUAUGUUCUGCUGAGAGUGCCAAAAACACACUCUUACUAGCUGUUUUUAAAAAAGCAUUUUCUUUGUUAGUUUCCAGCAAACCUGACAUACAUUUACAAAAACAAAGUUUGCUUCACUUAGUCUAAAAAUGCCUUCUGUGAACUAAUUGUUGAAAGGCAGGGCGUCGUUUUAAAAACGGUUUCAUCUCUCACCAGAGUCGUGUAUCAGAAGGAUUUUUAUUGGCGUUAAAUUGGUCAGAAUUUAAAUGGAGUCUGGCUCUCCUCUGAGACGCCAGAAGCUCAAUCUGUCUUUAAAAGUUGGCAUGAAAAUGUAAAUUAGGUUCUGAUUCUAGGAUUGUGUCCAGCUGAGAUUUAUCUACUGUUUGCUCAACACUGCCAAGGUAACCGUCAAAGGCAGUAAAGUCAAUAUGGGAAGUGAUAAUUAGCAGCAGUGUAGCAGAUAUUGGCAAACCUAGGGGUCCUCUGACUUCACUCCUGAGUCUCUUGCCUUUCUUCAUCUCUUCACAGAUGUCUUAGGUAAUUAGAAAGGUGAUGGAUUAGGAGAAGGUCUGUAGCAAGAACUGUCUCAAUGAAUUCUGUCAUGCCAGGAUGUACAUCUUUAUUCUUAGGGUUUCAUUCUGCUCACUACAGUCUUUAACCUGCAGUAGCAAAAUGUUUUUACGCCAUCGCUGCCAAUAUGUCCUCAGGAUGCCUCGUCCGACUGCCUGACACGAGGCCUCUGACGUUGUCUCUCUGUCCAGAUCUGUGUCUGCUUUCAUGAAAGGGGGAUUUAAGGAGAAUUCUAGUAAAUAAACUGGAGCUGUUAUAUUUGUUGCUUUCCUAAGAGUAGCAUAAAAGGUGGACGGAGAUAAUAGAAAUGGUCUGUAACUGGAGGAAGGACCAGAUUCAAUAGAUGUUUAGCAAUAUUCCCAUAAUCCUUUUGGUGGUGGGGUCUGUGUGUUUGUUUGUUUUUAAAAAGAUGAACCUUAACAGACCUCCACAGUCCAACUAAGAUCUUAUCGAUCAUCGGUUGAGUAUUGAUGUGGGUCUGUUGAUGCACAGCGAUGUAGGAGUCGUGUGAAUGUGUGUGUGUGAGAGAAAGAGAGAGAGAACCACUGAAUGUCAGUGUCUUAGCCUGGUUGUACAGCUGCAUUUAUGCAACAGCCAUUUGCAUAUAUCUGUAUAUGUGAAAAAAAAACAGUCUGACCAAAAAUAUUUGUCUAUGCAUGCAAAUGCAUUGUAUCUUAUUGUCUCCAUUCCAUCUUUUCCUGACAUAUUUACGAUAAAUGUUACAGAUCUGUGCAACAUUUAUCUGUUGUGUUUGAAAUCGGGCACGUCACUGUACCUCAGCCAAAUUCACUGUAGCAACUCGUCCACUGGAAUUCACGAUGUUGUAGUUGAAUCUAUCGACGGUUAUUUCUGCUUAAAGCACAAAGACGAGUAGAAUCAUCCUCAUCUGUAUACCUGCAGAUUUAAUCUGUAAAUGUUUUUAUUCAGUGGAAACAAAGUCAAUUCACAUGAUGUUGUAUUGCUUUAUAGAGGGCACCACAGCCUCUAAAAAAAUGUCAUCUCUCACCUGCUGAGGGACCCACCAGCAAAUCCACUCCAUGAGAAGGGUGCCCCACAGUGAAUACACUGAGAAAUCUAUGCAGAGAAUGAUUAUUAGCUGGUAGUUGAGAGGGUUUAAGUAGAUUUUCUUUUCUUUUUUUUUCUGGCACCAAUUACAUGUUGAUCCUGAGAGCUGACGGCGCAUUUAAAACGAACCUUUUCAAGCAGAAGAGACACUUUGCAAUAUUCUGCUGCUGUACGUCAAACACUCACACGUUGGCUGAAUGUGAAUCUGAGCUUCUGUUUGUUUGAACUGUGGCGUCAGCUCUCUGCGACAAGGCUCCAAAACUCCUACACAUGGGAAACAAGAUGAUCAAUAUGCAAUCUGUAUGCAUGUGUGUGUUUGAGGACGAGCAUUUCUUUUUUUUUUUUUCUCUUUUGUUUGACCCCCCCAGAGCCUCAUAGCGCCGCAUCCACUGAAACAAUAUGUACAGUUGUUCACCUUCCCCCCAUCCUCCCCCCAUAUCAUAGAGGCCUGAAAACAUCCAUCAACAUUGGUACAGUGGAUAAUGGAUUUUCUUUCUAUGAAAUGAAAUGUGAGAGAAUAAUGUAAAUAAUAACCAAUGGAUGAUGGAGCAAAAACCAUGUACUAUAUACUGUAUGUGAAGUCUGGAUUUAAAACGUAGUAUUAUCUGCACUUUACAAGACAAAAAGGACAAUCUAUGGACAAGAAAACAUGUGAAAUUAAAAAUGCAUAUAAUCCUUCCAAAUGAUCAUAACCCUGACAAAGUAAUAUCAAUAAUGAAGCCAAUAAUAAUUCAACUGAAA